UCAGUGUCUGAUGACAAAUUUCCCCCAUGAAUCAUUAUCACUCAAUUCUGCAAGUAGUUCUGAUUUACUAUCGCUGUUCUCUAGCCGGUCUAAAACCACUUUUGACCUAAAGGGACGCUUUUUGGACGCCAUGGACGUUUCUCAGUUUCCAGGCAGAAAGAACAGUAAAAAUGCAGGCAGGGCGCCGGACAAAGCACUCGGGACAAAAUGUAUGUGAAAUGGUUUGAUACAGGAAUGUUUUAUUAUGUGAUUUUAGUGAUUUUAGUGAAUUGAAUGUCACUUUUAAAAUUUUUGAAUUUCCCGCCGGUUUCGUCCCCCGUACAUCCCGACGCUCGUAAGGAACGGAACCCGGAAGACAGAUGCCGGCAACGGCCGGAGGAGAUGGCCAGGAACGCUGCAGGGGGGACA